CGCCGCUUGCGGGACGCCAGCCGCGACGUCGCCAAGCCGAGGCAGGGGGACGCGGCCGUCGCGGGCGGGCAGGGGGGAGCUGGCUGCCGGGACUGGAGGGCACGGGCCAGAGGGUCGGCAAGCGGUCGCCCGGGCUGUCGCCUGUCCCGUGUCGUCGCUGCGCCGGCCUCGCCCGGCGCACGGGGACAGGUGUCCCGGCCGGGGUCUGCCGGGAAGAUGGCGACCCCGGGCAUGAGCUGGCAGCAUCACUAUUACGGUGGCUCCUCGUCCGGGCCAGCCAAAUUCACGACCUCCCCGGCUGCCGCGCAGCUGGCCGGGCACAACAUGGACUACAGCCAGGACAUGCACCUGAAAAUGAGCAAGAAGAUCGCCCAGCUCACCAAGGUAAUAUAUGCUUUAAAUACUAAGAAUGACGAGCACGAUUCUGCCAUUCAGGCCCUCAAAGAUGCCCACGAAGAAGAAAUCCAACAAAUCCUUGCGGAAACACGAGAGAAGAUACUGCUAUACAAGAGCAGGGUGACGGAAGAGUUAGACCUUAAGAGAAAGAUUCAAGUUUUGGAAGCGUCUUUAGAAGAUCACGCGAAGAUGAAGCAGGAGGCUUUGAAAGAGUUUGAAGCCUAUAAGCGCAGAGUUGAGGACAUGCAGCUUUGUGCAGAGGCCCAGCAUGUUCAGCGCAUAGUAACCAUGUCCCGGGAGGUCGAAGAGAUCAGGAAGAAAUUCGAAGAAAGGUUGCGGAGCUUCGGGCAGCUCCAGGUUCAGUUUGAAAACGACAAGCAGUCGGCCCUGGAAGAGCUGAGAACCACUCACAGACUCGAAGUCCAAGAGCUGUUGAGGUCCCAGGAGGACCACAGCGCCUCCAUGAACCUGGGGCAGGAGAAAGCCGAGGAACUGCACAGGAGGGAGGUGGAGGCCUUGAACAACACCCUGGAGGAGCUGAGACUCGAAAAGAAAGAGCUCAUCGAGGAGUACGAAGGCAAGCUGAGCAAAGCCCAAUUAUUUUAUGAGCGUGAGCUUGAUAAUUUGAAAAGGUCACAGCUCUUCACGGCCGAAAGCCUGCAGGCCAGCAGGGACAAGGAGGCCGAUCUUCGCAAAGAGUUCCAGGGGCAAGAAGCCAUUUUACGAAAAACCAUAGGAAAAUUAAAGACGGAACUGCAGAUGGUGCAGGACGAAGCCAGCAGCCUUCUCGACAAAUGCCAAAAGCUGCAGAUGGCUCUGGCCACAGCAGAGAACAAUGUACAGGUUCUUCAAAAACAGCUUGACGAUGCCAAGGAUGGGGAAAUGGCCUUGUUAAGCAAGCACAAGGAAGUGGAAAGCGAGCUAGCAGCUGCCCGGGAGCGAUUGCAAGAGCAAGCUUCAGAUCUUGUCCGCAAAGCUAGUCAUAUUGGAAUGCUUCAGGCAACUCAGAUGACCCAGGAAGUUACAAUUAAAGAUUUAGAAUCAGAAAAAUCCAGAGCCCAUGAGAGAUUAUGUCAGCUGGAAAAGGAGCGAGCGUUUCUGCAGAGCAGAACGCAGAGCCUGGACGAAGAACAGAAGCAGCAGGAGUUGGAGAUGGAGAAGAAAGUAAACGAAGUCAAGAGAACGCAGCAAGAGUAUUACGAGAUGGAGCUUAAGAACCUGCAAACUCGAUUGGAAGGGGAGGUGGCCCAGUUAAACGAGACCCACGGGAAGACUCUGGAAGAACUAGCUUGGAAGCACCACAUGGCUAUCGAGGCAGUCCAUAGCAAUGCAAGCCGAGAUAAGAUCAAGCUGCAGACGGAAUUGGAAGAACAACAUAAAAAGGAGAAACUGAGUCUGGAAGAGGAUAAAAAUCAGCUCCAACUAGAGCUGGAAAAUCUAAAGCAAGCGCUGGGAGACAAGCUGACUUCAGCCAAUCAGGAGAUUGGCCGCCUCCAAGAUCUAGUAAGGAAGAGCGAACAGGGUCUUGGCUCUGCCGAAGGACUCAUUGCGAGUCUUCAGGAUUCCCAGGAGAGGCUUCAGAGUGAGCUGGACCUGACCAAAGGCAGGCUAAAGGAGACCAAGGAUGCCCUAUUAAAUGUUGAGGCUGAGCUACAACAAGAACGGCAAGAGCACGAACAGACACUAGCCACCAUGAAGGAAGAAGAGAAGCUGAGGGCGGACAGAAUGGCCCAUGACCUGGAGAUCAAGUGGACUGAAAAUCUUAGACAAGAGUGCUCCAAACUUCGCCAGGAGUUGAAGCUUCAACAUGAAGAAGAUAAGAAGUGUGCGAUGUCUCAACUGUUGCAGCUGAAAGAGAGAGAGAAGAAUGCGGCCCGGGAUUCGUGGCAGAAGAAGGUGGAAGACCUCCUAAACCAGAUCUCCCUGCUCAAGCAGAACCUGGAGCUGCAGCUUUGCCAGUCGCAGACGUCUCUGCAGCAGCUGCAGGCGCAGUUCACACAAGAGCGCCAGCGGCUCACACAGGAGCUGGAGGAGCUGGAGGAGCAGCAUCAGCAGAGGCACAAGUCCCUCAAAGAAGCACACGUCCUCGCGUUCCAGACCAUGGAGGAAGAGAAGGAGAAGGAGCAGAGGGCUCUGGAGACUCACCUGCAGCAGAAACAUUCCGCCGAGCUGCAGUCACUGAAAGAUGCACACCGAGAGUCCAUGGAGGGCUUCCGCGUGGAGAUGGAGCAGGAACUUCAGACGCUCCGGUUCGAAUUAGAAGAUGAAGGAAAAGCUAUGCUUGCUUCGUUACGUUCUGAACUAAACCAUCAACACGCAACGUCGAUUGACCUAUUACGGCAUAGUCACCAUCAGGAACUGGCAGCAGCUAAAAUGGAGUUAGAGAGAAGUAUAGAUAUCAGCCGGAGGCAGAGUAAGGAGCACAUGUGUCGAAUCAGCGACCUGCAGGAUGAGCUGCGGCACCGGGAGCACCACAUCACAGACUUGGAUAAGGAGGUGCAGCACCUCCAUGAAAAUAUAAGUACGCUUACGAAAGAACUGGAACUGAAGGGGAAAGAAAUUCUAAGAAUACGGAGUGAGUCCAACCAGCAAAUGAGGUUGCAUGAACAAGAUUUAAACAAGAGACUUGAGAAAGAGCUGGAUGUCAUGACAGCAGACCACCUCAGAGAGAAAAAUAUCAUGCGGGCAGAUUUUAAUAAGACUAAUGAGCUACUCAAGGAAAUAAAUGCAGCUUUACAAGUGUCACUAGAAGAUAUGGAGGAGAAGUAUCUAAUGAGAGAAUCAAGGCCAGAAGACCUACAGAUGAUUGCCGAGCUAAAAUCCCUGCUUACAGAGCGAGACCAGGUCAUAAAGAAACUCAUUGAGGAUAAUAAAUUUUACCAGCUGGAAUUAGUCAAUCGAGAAACUAACUUCAACAAAAUAUUUAACACAAGUCCUACUGUUGGUGUUAUUAACCCAUUGGCUAAGCAAAAGAAGAAGAAUGAUAAGUCGCCAGCAAACAGGUUUGUGAGUGUUCCCAAUCUAAGUGCUCUGGAAUCCGGUGGAAUGGGCAAUGGACAUCCUACCCGCCUGGAACCCAUUCCCAAUUCUCCAGCCCAUGAUGUUGAGUUCAACAGCAACAAGCCUCUUCCACAGCCAUUGCCACCCAAAGAGCCCAAGACGUUUUUGAGUCCUCCUCAGAGUGAAGCUUCCCCGGUGGCUUCUCCGGAUCCCCAGCGCCAGGAGUGGUUUGCCCGGUACUUCACGUUCUGAAUGAACUGUGCUGGCACGGCUCUGUGUGGACUGUCCAAGAGCAUGGCUGCAUAGGAACCGUUAUGUGGACAGGCCUGUCUAUGUAAAGCACUGUGAAUGAGGAAGUGUUUGUCUCUCCAAUCUGAAAUGCACUGUAUUUCCUGUGAUACUUAUUGGAAUCACUCUCUGAGGUACUAUAUUAUGUGUGUAAUUAUAACAAUUAUUUUUAUCCGAGACGGAAGUCUUAAUCUUUGUAAUUACUGCAUAAUAAAUUUUGUUAGAACAAAUGUUUUUCGUUGUUGUUUUCUAUCAAGUGUGCUUUAAACACUUUUUAAUACCAGAUAUAAGACUUGUCAAUAAGCUGUACUGCACUAAUGAUCAUAAAUUGUUAUUUCAAUAGUCUUAAUAUCAAUAUAGGGAAAUUUAUUAAUAUCUUCCAUUGUCAUGUAUAAUUUUAACUAAAUUGUUAACAUUUAUAAAUCCAGAAUAAAAAAUUUAUGUAAAUCGUGUA